AUGUCCGUCGAUGACAAAUUUUACGUAUUUUAUAAUAUUUUAUUAGACUCAAAUUUGAAGAAGACUAUGUUAAAUCAAAGUAAUUCUGACGUCUCACUUGGUGAACAACCAACAGUUGUUAUUAAUAAAACAAGACGAAAUUCUUUACAAAUGAACAAAAAAAAAACAGCAAUUCCGAAAUUAAAUACAGACACUAUACUCGUUACAAAACAACCAGACAAUCAAAGACCAGGAAAAUAUCCAUCAAAUCCAAAACUUUCUAAUCUGAAAAACCUGGAAUAUAAAGAAAAAAAUCCUGUUGGCUCUUUCGUAGAUUAUCCAUCUGAAGUUCUUCAAAAAACUACAAAUUUUGACGCUAACGGUUAUGAAACUCAAUGUACUGUAAUAGCUGGAAAAUCAGAAUUACAAGGCAAUUUAUCAAGCCCAUUUACGAUGGAACAUUCACGCACAGCUACAGAUAUUGAUAUCAACUGGUCAAGAUUGCAGAGUUCACAAGACAAUACUACUAUUGGAAAAUCGUCGAAACUAUCAAGUCUUAAUAAUGAAUCUUGGCGAUUGAGUUUUUAUGGUGAAAAAAAUGAACCAGAUUCAUCUAAAACACCAGAUAAGAACAGUUAUCAUGAUUAUUAUUACCAUUACUGCUGGAGAAAAGAAGUAGCAAAGAAGAACAUAGCGGUGCAAGACCUUUGGGACUACAACGGAAGAUGUAAAAAAUGCCAGAAACAUAGGAUUACUCCUUAUCGGAGGAAAUUAACCGAAAAUAACGUCCAACUUUUAAUUCUAAGAAGUUUUCCGAUUUCUUCAGUACCAAGGUCAUUGAAAUAUUUAAAAAGGCGUAUGUCAAUCGGCCGUAUCUGUAGACGGCGAUGGAAAUGCGUCUGGAAGAAAACAACCGAAAGAUGGACUAACUGGUCCAAAUCACCGUAUAAGUUUAGAAAAUUCCGAUCGAUUAACUUAAAAAAAUCUAACAAAUGGAAUGACGCAGAUGUCCAAACAACAAUAUUCCUCUAUAACGAAAGAGGCGCCUCGGUGAGAUCAGCGACGAGUGCGAAAUCAUAUCUGAGGCACGCAAACGUUGGUCCGUCCAUGUUCCGAUUCCACACAUAUCCUUCGAAACUCAUUGGAAAUUCUCCAAACCAAUCGAAGGCAACGUCAUACAAGUCCUUGCGUUGUCAAUGCAAUUCUUUUGACGACAAAGCGAAAGAGUGCUUUUUCCCUUAUGGAAUACCAGGCGGGGAAAAUAAAGAAGAUAAUAUUAAAACUAUUGAAAGUAAGAACACGAGUGCUAUUAUCGACCCAAGUUUGAUGAAGUUUGCCGAUAGGCAGUCACAGGAUGCGUACACGCAGAUGUUAAUAACUUGUAACAAUGCAGAGACAAACGUCAAGCUAAAGUUAGAUAUUGCUAGAAAUGUUUUAAGAGCGCAGACAAGUGAUAUCUACAUAUGUGGUUCGGGUAUAGACGAAGGAAUACAAACAUUGAUCUCGAGUAAAUCACAUAGAUCCAUUAGGACAAUGACCUCUAAGAAUAACCUAAAUAAAGAGAUUCAGGCAUCUCCAGAUUCAUCAAUUAGAAAAGUGUCCACGUUUAUCAUAGAUCAAGAUAAACUGCAAGAUGCCAAAUCGAGUGUCGUUACUGACACAAGUAUACCGUAUAGAAGAUUGAACACUAAGUUAUUGACGCCGAAAGGAACAAUUUUAUCAUGCACAGGUACAAAAAUCACGUCCGUUUCAUCUGUUCACAUUCAAACUGCGUCCUUUAUAUCCAGAAUCCCUAAAAUUACAACGAGUACAGCUGUAUCAACUGUUUUGAAUACGGAAAACAGAGAUUAUUCGACAGCACCAUCUUUGAAUUUGAGUAUUCUAGAAGAUGUUUCAAUGGGCACGGAUAAUGCAAAAGUUAGCAGGAAUGAAAAAUCGACUUCGUACGCCCAAUUUACAGAUUAUAUAAACGCCGGUAUAUCUACCUCGAACCUACUGCAACAACUCUCUUUUAACGAUGGACCUCAUUAUACACAGAAGAGUUUUGGAGCAGGAGUUCAUCCAGAAUGUUCUUCUAUUUGUAUCAAUACGGAUGUAGAAACAAUACCAAAGUCAAUAGAAACAGGAAGUUCCAUUGAAUUCAAACAUGGAAUAAAGAAAAUCGAUCGUUAUUCUCAAUACAGCACGAGGAGCUCAAUGAGAAGCAACCAAUUAUCUAAUGCUUCAGACCAUUCGGCUCGCAUCGGUCAUAGUCGGCUGUUGUCGGUGCAAACUCUUGGCGAAUCACUCUACGUGCCACCAAAGCAGACAGUAUGUUCGACGCUUGACAAAAAAAUGAAGACUACGCAACAGCAGAGUAUAUCGUCAGCUUCACAAAUUAAUUCAGUAGACACACUCCGCAAAUACCAAUUAUCAAAGAAUAUUCAAGCAAAAUUAGAUACUGAAAAAAGUAACGUGGUCGCUCACUUAAAACCUUCUUGCAAUGACCUUCCAUGCAAGAUCGAAAGCAAUUCAAAUAGAAUAAUUCCUAUCUCGGAGCCGAAUGUUGUGACGAGCAAUUUGAACGCAUCUAAAUGGAUAAAGGGUUGUGUUAAUGAAUCAAGGAAAGAUGUCCAAUCAAUAAUUGAUUUGAGUGAGUCAACUGUAACAGAGUCUUUGGAGCGUGCGUCCUACGCUAUAGACAAUUCUGAUGAUAAAAAAACACUUAACGAGAUGAAAAAUCUAUCGAAAGUCGUUAUAAAUCAACAGCGCGCUAUCAAUUGUGCGAAACCUCUCGAAGUUGUCUCAUCGAUAAGCGUCACCGAAAUCUGUCCCACGAAAAACGAUAAUCAGCCAAAUAAACAACCUGUACCAGUUAAACCAAGUGAUUCUAGAAAGUUCGUCGUGGAUCAAAUAGCUUCAGGUCGGGUAUUAACGAAUGACGUCACUGAAUCCAUACAAGUUCGUCCAGAAGUGGAAGAUGCCGCAACAGACAGUAUUCGUUCAAUAAUAUAUAAAUCAAAUUUUGCUGGAAGUUCCCAAAUCCUACCGAAUUUAUUGUGUUAUUGUGAUGGAAAAUCAAAUACAAGUAAUAAAGUUACAGAAAUCUUAAGAGAAAUGACAUCACGAAUGACAUCAUGUAUGUUUUGUGCCCAUGCGGAAUGCUGUCCAAGAUGUAAUCGUCCAGCCAAAACGGACACAUCCAUUCAAGCUGUGGCGGAAUUUCUCACUUGUCCAAAAUGUACUUCAAGGAUUGUUGAUACAUUACUGGAUGAUCAGGAUACAAUCGAAGAUAAAAAUUGGCACCUGACAACGAAUAGUCUUUACUUCAGUAACUUACUAGCAAUGAAGUUAGCUAUAUUUAAAGAUUAUUUUCAAAAACAUCUAGCACCAUCUGUUGAAACAAAUUUGUACCACACACCGACGACGCCGAUUUUUUUUACUGAAGCAUGCACAAUGAAACCUAGCGGAAGACAAGACGUAUACUGUCAAGCAAAAAUAUCAAGACAUCACACUAAAAUUAAAAAUAAACGAUCUUGUUUUCUUUCACCAGCGUAUAGUUUGGUCGAUAUAAGAGAAAACCAAGAAAAAGACGAGCUGAAAGCGGUAUAUGAUAUUCUUACAGCUAUAGAAGGAAGAGUUCGUAGGAUAAAAAACCAUUUGCAUACUUAAUUUGCUGAUAACAUAAUAGAUGGCGCUGACUGUCAAAAUAAAAAGUGUGGGAA